AUUCAAUCUCACAAUCUAUUAAGAGAGAUUCUGUUUAAAAUCAGAGUAAAAUUCGAUAUCAACUACGGUACUAUUUCAACACAAAAAUUAUUCGCACCAACACGAACAUAAAAUUUUGAGAAGAACACACUUAAGACUAAGCUUUCACGGUUAACCCAAUUUUGAUUCCCACUUGUCAUAAACACAAAUAUUUUAUAACUUUACUCAUUUAUAAAAUCUACCUUUAAGAACCCAUUCUAUUACCAGUUUUCCACUCAUCACAUUCAAUGGCAUCCAUGAGUUCUUUGAAAAUGAUUUCUUCCCUCAAACUUUCUCACUCAACUUCUACAUCUCCUCUUCAAACUCAAAAACAACUAGUUUCUUCUAGUCUCUCUCACUCCUUCCUAACUAAAAAAUUUAAUAUUUCAACCACCCGACAAUUUUCUACAAGUUCCAAGAACACCACAACCACUGCAUUCUUCUUCAAUAACCAAAAGGAACAUCAACAAUCUUCAAAGCCAGGUAAAGUUCAAGAACUGUUUGUUUAUGAGAUGAAUGAACGUGAUCGAGGGAGUCCUGCAUACCUCAAACUAAGUCAAAAAUCAAUGAACUCACUUGGAGAUUUAGUUCCAUUCAGCAACAAACUCUACUCAGGAAACUUGGAGAAAAGAAUAGGCAUAACUGCAGGCUUAUGUAUACUGAUCCAGCAUGUACCCGAGAAAAAGGGGGACAGAUACGAAGCAAUUUACAGCUUCUACUUUGGAGACUAUGGUCACAUAUCGGUACAAGGAGCUUAUCUCACAUACCAAGACACAUAUCUGGCUGUAACAGGAGGAUCUGGAAUCUUUGAAGGUGUUCAUGGAAAAGUUAAACUUCAACAGAUUGUGUUCCCAUUUAAGCUGUUUUACACAUUUUACUUGAAGGGUAUUCCUGAUUUGCCUGAUGAGUUGCUUGGGAACCCUGUUGAACCAUCACCAAAUGUUGAGCCUUCUCCUGCUGCUAAGGCUACUCAGCCUCAUGCCUCUUUAUCAAACUUCACCAACUGAUCGUUACUUAUGAGCUUGUUUUGUUUUUGAACCCAAAAUAAAUUGUAGUAGUUUCUUGUUUUCUGUCGGUAGAGUUUAGUUUUGUCUUGGGAGUGAUGUAUUAGAUUAAGCAGCAUAAUACUGAUUACAUUUGUUUA